AUGGCGUCGACGGGCACUCCUUCUGCCCGACUCGACGUGUUUCAAGCGUCUAUCGCCGUCGAGCGCUCCUGGGUCCGCGACGUCGUGCGAGCCGUCCUCGGCACCAUCCUGUUCUACCGCGUCGCGGGCAACCUUCAGCCGGCCUCCAUCUCGGUCGCCGGCGUCACCUUUCCGACGCCUGCCGAGCCAGAGCUCGACGAGCUGCUCUCGACCAAGGUCGACCUCCUCGUGCGCCUCCUCCUCGACGGCCCAGCCGCGUCCGAGCCUGCUUCUCGACGAGCCAAGCUCUUCGUGUCUCUGUACCCGACGCCCCUCCCGCCUCCUCCGCCGCUUCCCUCCUCGCGACCACGCUGUCACCCGACCCCGAGCGGCGCCUCUCGGUCCGCAUCGCCCGCGAGUACCGACACUCGGCCAGGACCUUCGCCGAGUCGCCGAGCCGGACCCGUCACGCUCGCUCAGGCGGCCCCCGCCGCCGUCAGCAGCGCGCUCGGCUGGUUCUCGGCCUCGGCUCGUGCGGCGCUCAGCGGUGGGACCGACGCCCAGGAGAACAGCUCGGGCGACGGACCGGCAGCGGACGACGGUCAGGAGGACGAGGUGAGGACGCUCGAGCUGCUCGAGGGCCGCGGCGUCAAGCCGUGGGAGGGCUGGUGCGUCGAGUUCGAGGUGAUUGGCGAGGCCCAGGGCAGCAGAUCGCGGGCUGCGACCGCGACAGAAGAGCGCUUGCGCGCGCAACUACACGACUUCCUCCUGCGCUCGCUCGAGUUCACGAUGCACAAGACGGCGCACGUCCCGCCCAUCACGACGACUGAGCGCAUGCCGUACGGGAUCCUCAUGCUCGUCAACCCGUCCAGUCUGCCUUUCUUGCCGCCCAAAGCCGUCGUCACGGACGUAGCGGCGUUUCCUGCGCUGCAUCGGGCGCUCGUCUCGGCUGGGCGCGAGCGAGGAGGGGGCGGAGCGAUCGUGGGCGAGAGGAGGGCGACGAGCGUGGGAGGCAGAUGGUAGACCUCUUUCUCAAUGUACAACUCUCGACGAU